GCGGCUAUGUCGAGCCACCAGCCAGGGAGGCGCCAGAGGAAAAGGAGGAGGCAUUGAUGGAUAAGUUUGCCUCGUUCCGCGCUGAACCUUUCCAGUGAUGUCCCCCUCUUCUCGUGCGAAGUUUCGCGGCCUCCAAUUCCCUCGACAUGUCCGCUAACAAGACAAUUGACUCCAGGUUCCUCCGCGAGGUCUCCCUCUACGUCUCUGGUCAGGGGUGGCGAGCCUACGAUCGCGUCAUUGGCCAGCCCGUCUUCUACCCAGGUUUCUCAGAAAACAUGACGUCCAUGGUGUUAUCUGCGCCUCUCCUGCAGCAGCGCAUUACCCAGCUCGCCGAGCACCGCGUCACCGUUGAGGAAAGAGAGGGCAUGCUACCCAAGGACGGCAAAGACUACCUCAUCAAGCGGGCGCAGCGACUUAAUGCUAUCGAGACUGGCCUGCAGCAGCUAGCUGAAAAGAUGAUUGAUGAUAUGAUCUGCAAAAUGGAGAGCAAAACAUUCAUCCGCGGUGCAUACUACCUGGCUACGCAGCUGUUGACAAGAGCCUACCACCAGGGAAUCCACGUCUCCAGCGAAGAAGUCUUGAGACUGCGAAAGGUAGCCGAGGUCGCGGCCAAGAAGAAGCAAAGUAUCAUAUUUCUGCCGAGCCAUCGAUCACAUGUCGACUACGUCUCAUUACAACUCAUAUGUUACCGGUUAGGCCUAACACUGCCCGUCGUCGUGGCAGGGGAUAACCUGAAUAUCCCGGUCCUAGGCAGCUUUCUUCAACAUGCAGGCGCCAUGUGGAUCCGCAGGGCCUUUGGAGACGAUGUCCUGUAUACGACGUUAGUGCAGUCGUACAUUGAUACAAUGUUACAGGAAGGAUACAAUUUCGAGUGCUUCAUUGAGGGAGGACGCUCACGAACCGGAAAACUCCUUCCUCCCAAAUUCGGCAUUCUCAGUUUCGUUCUUGAUAGCAUCCUGUCGGGCCGGGUUGAGGACGCCAUCAUCUGCCCCGUCAGCACUCAGUAUGACAAGGUCAUUGAGACAGAGGGCUACGUGACCGAGCUCCUGGGAAUGCCAAAGAAGAAGGAAAACUUGGCCGACUUCCUCACCGGAGGUUCUUCUGUGUUGUCGCUACGACUGGGACGCGUGGAUGUCCGUUUUCACGAGCCCUGGAGUCUGAGGCAGUUCAUUGAUGAGCAGCUGUCGAAACUACCUAGUGUACCUGCGGGUCUCGACACUGAGCAUCAUCGGCCGGAGAUACGAGCCUUGCGUGAGAAGAUUCUGCGAACGAUGGGUUACAAGGUUCUGAGUGACAUCAACGACGUUUCUGUCGUCAUGCCCACGGCGCUCAUCGGCACGGUUCUCUUAACAUUGCGUGGCCGUGGUGUCGGCAAGCAGGAAUUAAACCGCCGCGUCUCCUGGCUCACUGAGCGUGUCCGCGCCAAGGGUGGCCGGGUUGCUCACUUCGGCAACGCACCACUUUCCGAUAUUAUCGAUCGGGGUCUCGAGGUCCUUGGCAAGGAGCUGGUUGGUGUUGUUGAUGGGCUUGCGGAGCCUACAUACUAUGCUGUCGACCGCUUCCAGCUAUCCUUCUACCGCAACAUGACGAUCCAUCUGUUCAUCUACGAAGCCCUCGUCAGCGUGGCUAUGUAUACAAAGGUGAAGCAAGGUGGUGCGCCGCAUAUGCAAGAUAUCAAGUUUGAGGAACUCAAGGCACAGGUCCUCUUUUUGUCGUCCUUGUUCCGCGGCGAGUUCAUCUUCUCCAGCGAAGGUCUCGAUGUCAACCUUGACAAGACAUUGCGCGGACUCGAGACGGACAACGUCGUCCGUCUGGACCGUGACAGCGAGGGUAAAAUUACCGUGGUUGGGAUUUCAGAUGAGGAGAGAAAAGCGGGAAGAGAAAACUACGAUUUCUACUGCUUCCUCAUCUGGCCAUUUAUCGAAUCGAGCUGGCUGGCUGCUGUUUCGCUCAUGGGACUGACCCCGCCGGCGGGCCAGAAUGGGGAGAUAUGGAUCGAGCAGGGCAAAGCGCACAACAGCGCCCAACUGCUUGGCAAAACACUCUACCAUCAGGGGGAUCUCUCGUACUUCGAGGCCGUCAACAAAGAAACCCUCAAGAACUCAUAUUUGCGCUUCGAGCAAGAUCAACUUCUUCAUGUGGUCAAAUCCAAGGGUUUCAAGAUCCCUCCUCGCAUCCAACUCGAUGCAUCAUGGCGACCGUCCCGCGACUCUCAGACCGGUGCCCUCCUAGCUGAGGGCAAACUAUGGGACUUUACAGAGAAGAUUGCCAAGUCCCGCCGAGAGGGCAAGAACCGUCGUGACGGCGCCACUGUUAGCAGUCGCGUACUGCGGCUUACGGAUGAACUGGGCCAGAAGUUGUUCGAGGAGGCGGCUGAGGCAGAGCGGAGUGGCAAAGGCAAGGUGCCCAGCCGGUUGAAUCGUGAAGAGAAGGAAGCUCUGGGCAAGAGUGUCAGGGAUGCAAAGAGGAAGAGAGAACAGAUGGGAGGAAGAGCACGUCUGUGAGGUGGAAAGCAGCGUGGGCUAGAACUUGUACAAUUUCUAUGCAUUUAGCAGCGAGUCUUUUUUUUUUUUUGUACAAUGCAUGCGGUAGUGGUUCGCCUCCAUGGAACCCGUAGAAUUGAGUAUUGGGGUUGUUCGACACCAUGUCUUGCAACGC